CAUAAAAUCCAAAAAAAAAAAAACCUCUACUCUUGACAUAUGUAAAUAGUAAUGUCAAUUGUCAAUCAUUAGCGGCCGGUUUUGCUGUUUGGCGCCACAAUACAUUUUGUAAUACUAAAAAGUAAAAACUAAAUACAUUCAGAAAAUGCCUCGAACUACUAGAAAGUCUCUAAAAACUCUACAGCAGUCAUCAUCCGAUACAGAAAACUUGGUGGGUAGACCACAAAAAAGUCUUAAACACCAAUUGAGCCAAGAAUCUCAGGGGGAAGUUGAGGUAAAGAAAAAGAACAACAAGGAGGCUCAGGUGAAUUCCGAGAAAAAGAUUAACAAAGAGGUUCAGGUGAAUUUUGGGGAUAUAACCACACUUAAUGACCUCACAGAUUCAAAACCUGCUUCUGACAAUUAUUGGCAGAAGUUAGCAGAGAAAAGACAAAAGUCACUACAUGAGUCAUUUGAGGAGAAUCAAAGACUGCUAAAAAUUAUUGAGGAUCUCACAGAAGAAAAAGACAAACUUAAGCAAAUGUUGGAAGAAGCUAAUAGCUUGAUUGAAGUUAUAAAGGAGGAAAUCGCCAUAAGUCCUGAGGAUGACACCGGAAUUGAUCUUAACUAUGUUAGUACAGCUGAUGAGAGCCAACUAAGUGAGAAUCAAGAAAAUGGAGAUGGAGAAUUAUAAAAAAACAGAUUUAAUAUAUUGUGUGUGCUAAUUAGUUUAAUAUCUUUAAUUUUCAAGACAUACUGUACCUGUCUACCUUAUUUACUUUUAAUAUGACUUUUUCUUAAGUGUUAGAUAGUUUAGUAUGAAAACCAAUCAUGCCUGUUAGGUGCUUUUUAAGUUUAAUAUGCUGCCUAUACUACAAUAUCACAGACUAAGUACAAAUAAUUUUGACAAGAGUUUUGUAAUGAACUGAUUGUAAUAAAAAAUAAAUUGAUAUA